AUGGGGUCUCACACUGACUCAAGCCCUGGGUGGCGUCACCUCAAUGUGGGUGUCAUCGGCGGCGGUAUUGGCGGCAUGUGUGUUGCCAUUGCCCUUCGACGAGCUGGCCACAGUGUAACCAUCUACGAGCGAAAUGAUUUCGCUGGAGAAGUCGGUGCAUCAGUUUCCUGUGCUGCCAAUGGUGCCCGUUGGCUGCACGAGUGGGGCGUCGACGUCGAGCAGGGCGACCCCGUUAUACUGAAGAAACUCAUCAACAGGGACUGGAAAACGGGCGAGCCGGUCAGCGUCUUCAGCCUGGAUGACUACAAGGAGAAAUGGGGAUACGAAUAUUAUAUGUUCCAUCGCCAAUACAUGCACAAGAUGUUGAUGAACUGUGCCUUGCAAGAGGAGGGAGAGGGAGAGCCAGCCAAGUUAAUGUGUGAAGAUAUUGACCUCAAAUCCGGCGCCGUUACCUUCGCAAAUGGCCACGCAGCUCAACAUGACCUCAUCAUUGGCGCCGACGGAAUAGGCUCGGUGGUGCGGAAGCUCAUCGGCCUGACCCCAGACAAAAAGCCCGCGGACUCUUCAUGUCUGCAUGCAAAUGUGCUGACAGAAGAUGCCGUUCGUCUAGGCCUCGUCGACUAUUCCAAGGAUGCGGCUUUGGAGUACUGGGGCGGCCAAGAGGGCAAGUGGGACAAGAUUGUGCUCAGUCCAUGCAACGGCGGCAAGCUGCUGUCGUAUUACUGCUUCUUCCCACGAGAGGCCGGCGACUACACGAGUCAAAGCUGGGGUGGCGAGGAUAGGCCCGUCGAAGAACUGCUGGCUCCAUACCCACAUCUGGAUAAGCAAGUGCGGGAUCACCUCGCCAUUGGCGCUGAAAUCCAGCCUUGGCGGCUGUGGGUACAUCAGCCAUAUCCGUACCUCGUGAAGGACUCAACAUGCUUGCUCGGCGAUGCAGGCCACCCAAGCCAAGGAGCCUGCAUGGCUAUUGAAGAUGCAGCUGCGAUAGGCAUCCUGUUCAGCAAGCCAUACUUCAGCGGCGACGUCACUGAGGCCCUCGAUGUGUACGAGAAGAUCCGGCUGCCGCGAGCUACCAAGGUCCAGGCCUCUGCAGCAAAAGCGGCGACUAACAUCAACGAAAGGAUCGGUUUCUCCAGUAACACCAACUUCAAGGGAUACAAGGUUGCAGAUGAGAAAGCAAAACUGACAAUCGAAGAGAUGAAUGCCUACGAUAUGUACAAGGACGUCGAACAGAGACUGGCCGAAAGAAGGCACAAAGAGUAUACUGACAACUACAUCAAGGGGCUUCCAGUCGGUUUGGAGAUGUCAAAUGGUGUGGUGGUUGGGAAAGCCUGA